AUGUUCAGACAAGCUGCUAGACAAUUGAUUGCUAACUCUCGUGUUAUCACUGCUAAGAGAGCUAUCUCUUUCGCUGCCAGACAAUCUACUGUCUCUGGUUUGCGUUCUACUGCCUUUGCUUCCAAGCCAUUGGUUGCUACCAGGGGUAUCAAGCAAAUCAACUUUGGUGGUGUUGAAGAAACCGUCUACGAAAGAGCUGACUGGCCAACCGAAAAAUUGUUGCAAUACUUCAAGGACGACACUUUGGCUUUGAUUGGUUACGGUUCUCAAGGUUACGGUCAAGGUUUGAACUUGAGAGACAACGGUUUGAACGUCAUUGUCGGUGUCAGAAAGAAUGGUGCUUCUUGGAAGGCUGCCAUUGAAGACGGUUGGGUCCCAGGUGAAAACUUGUUCGACGUUAACGAAGCCGUCCAAAAGGGUACCAUCGUCAUGAACUUGUUGUCUGACGCUGCUCAAUCCGAAACCUGGUCCUCUUUGAAGCCAUUGUUGACUAAGGGUAAGACUUUGUACUUCUCCCACGGUUUCUCCCCAGUCUUCAAGGACUUGACCCACGUUGAACCACCAACUGAUAUCGAUGUCAUCUUGGUCGCUCCAAAGGGUUCCGGUAGAACUGUCAGAUCUUUGUUCAAGGAAGGUAGAGGUAUUAACUCCUCUUACGCCGUCUGGAACGAUGUCACCGGUAAGGCUCACGAAAAAGCUCAGGCUUUGGCCGUCGCUGUCGGUUCCGGUUACGUCUACCAAACCACUUUCGAAAAGGAAGUCAACUCUGACUUGUACGGUGAAAGAGGUUGUCUAAUGGGUGGUAUUCACGGUAUGUUCUUGGCUCAAUACGAAGUCUUGAGAGAAAACGGUCACUCCCCAUCUGAAGCUUUCAACGAAACUGUCGAAGAAGCUACCCAAUCUCUAUACCCAUUGAUCGGUAAGUACGGUAUGGAUUACAUGUACGAUGCUUGUUCUACUACUGCUAGAAGAGGUGCUUUGGACUGGUACCCAAUCUUCAAGGAUGCUUUGAAGCCAGUCUUCCAAGACUUGUACGAAUCUACCAAGAACGGUUCUGAAACUAAGAGAUCUUUGGAAUUCAACUCUCAACCAGACUACAGAGAAAAGUUGGAAGCUGAACUACAAAUCAUCAGAAACAUGGAAAUCUGGAAGGUUGGUAAGGAAGUCAGAAAGUUGAGACCAGAAAACAACUAG